GGUGUCAGAUGCCUGAUACAUUCAAUUCAUGGUUUCUUAUAACCCUGCUUCAUGUCUGGUUAAUUCCUAUAUCCUGAAGAAGAACAUGAUCCUCAUGACAAAUAAUUUCUAUGCAGCAAUCUUGGGAUAUGAUGAGGGGAUCCUUUCAGAUGAUCAUGGGCUGGCUGCUGCCCUCUGGAGAACCUUCUUCAACCAGAAAUGUGAAGAUCCCCGACAGCUUGAGUUGCUGGUAGAAUAUGUAAGAAAACAGAUGCAGUACCUGGACUCCAUGGAUGGUGAAGAUCUCCUUCUGACAGGAGAAGUGAGAUGGCGUCCUCUGGUGGAGAAGAAUCCACAGAGCAUCCUGACACCUCGUGCUCCCACUUAUAAUGAUGAGGGUCUUUGAGGGCCAGUCUCUCUGGACAGUUGGCCAGCUGGUUUUGAGGACCCUUGGUCAGAGAAUUGCCUGUUUGGUCCAGGAUCCCAUAGAAAGGGUCCUGAACUGACCUUUGAACAGCAACUGUCAAAUAUCUGGUCCCAUUGUGUUAAGUUUCUUCUCCUGUGCCCAGGAGUCUGAUCUGGUGGGGGCACAGUGAUGAGAGAACCCCAGCUCUUCUGAGGUGUCCUCUCCCUCAAGAAUAGUCCCAAGCAAGAGCUUCCCAGCAUACACUCCUCAAGUCCCUCCAGCAAGUGUAUGUGACUGACAGCUUUUAAGGGGACUGCUCCACCUAGGCCUGCUGUGCCUAGGAGCAGUUUUUAUUCUGUUGAGUCAAGAUGGGUAAGCACACUGUCCUCUGACUUUGAGCCAUGGGGUUGAGUUGGUCAUUAAAAGAAACAGAGACUUAUCUCUGCCACAGCUCUUCUUUACUGCAGAAUCUUUUAGGAACUUAGGUGAGAUGGUGGAUGUCACAAGCUAAGGAGCAAUGCCCAGCUCAGUUAGAGACAGGGAGAAGAAUAGGUCAGAGGAUCUCUGUUGCUGUGCUUACCUCAGGUGCACAGAGAGGUGUCACCAUCUGACCCAGGCACAGCCUACAAAGCAUAUCCUCUGAAACCUAGGGAGCCUUUGAAGGCCAAGGGGCUUGUCAUAUCCUAAGUCAUUUAGAAAGAGGCCUCAGAAACAAAGGUCCCUUUGUCACCCCCAGUGAACUGGACAAGAAACAUGUCUUUCCUCUUUUGGCCUCUCCUUAUAUGAGAUACUUAGCGAAAAGAACAUUAUUCUGGCUUAGAUGUACUGUCCCAGGACCCAGUCCUGUGCCCAGCUUUCUACUUUCUCUUCAACUUCUGGAGCAUGUGUUACAGAGCUACCUGGUCUGAGAACUUGAGGACCCAGUUCCCCUCCCGACUCAGAGUGUGGGUCAUCUCUUGGGGGAUUUUCUUAAAUUGAAGAAAGGGGGCGGGGAACCUCCUUGCCCCUCCCUCCCCCAUCAAACUUCCUUCAUUGAACUUGCUAUAAAAUGAGUCAUACAAAGAAACUCUAUACGGGUGAGGUAUAUCCCACUUCUGUGAAAACAUUACAAAUCAAACCGCCUCCUCUCAGUUUAUUUAAAAUGCUUUUGUUGCAAGCGGAGCUCUAGAGUGAAGCCUCCUCUGUGUGUGUAAGAUAAUAACACCUUGUAACUCAUUACAGCUGGGCAUUAUUUACAUAAACCAGAGCUGAGCCAGGCAGGAAUUUGCUGAUUAAUUUAUUUUUAAUGGAGUGAAGUAUACCAUGCACCAAAAUAAACUUUACUGUGUGUACCUAACUGCUCCUGGAAUGGAUGGAAAAAUUAAUGGAACGGAUUUUGGCUCCCAACGCUGCACAUUAAUUCAUAUAUAAAAGUUAUUUGAGCGUUUACUCGUUUGCUGCCCAGGGCAGCUCCCUAGCCACAGAUCCUAGCCCACAGCUCUAGUUUAGCUACUGGGCUUGCUUUAGAAUCCUGAAACCUCAAACUUGGAAGGAACUUUAAAGGUCACUAGAGUCAACCCUGGUCCAGGGUUGACUGCCCUUCUUAGCAUCCCAGAUGGCCUGUGUUCAUGCAGACCUGGGCUGACUCCCUCCAGCAACAGAUAGAUGGUCUUUGUUGCAGAACCUAUAUCCAGCUUUUAACAUGGAGCCAUAUAUGAAAGCCAUAUUGGACCUGUCAUGUCUGUGAUGUACCAAAGCCCUCUCAUUAUCACCAUAAGCAUCUGUCACUAACUGUGCCAAUCCCCCUCCCCAUCAAGGUAAUAUCCAGGUACUUUGGAGGCAACAGGCUCUUUGUUUGACCCCUGCCUCUAUUGCCGCCUGUUUUUAUGGGUCUCUAAAUGGUUUCUUCCCUGAGCAAACUGAACCACUUGAGGUUACCUGAAGUGACCAUGCUGCUAAUUCAUCCAUCCCACUGCUAAC